UAUCUCUCACAAAUCCAGGCCAAUAGCAACAAUGACACAGUCAGCCCGCUUCAACUAGCUGUGAUGAAUCAUGACAUGAAGCAUCUAGCUUUUGCGGAAAAUUCACCUCGUCGUUUAAAGCAGGCACACCCAUUUCCAGCUUCAAGUCUCUGAAGUUUGGGCUCCGUGGAAGCGUUUCGAACGCUACAGCGGCCAUGUUUGGUGAAAUUGCGGCCACCAGCGGAAGCGACCGACCGAAGACGGUUGAUGGUACACCGGGCACCCCAGUCUCCCUGAAGUUCAUCACGUGGGACACAAACGGUCUCGACCGAAGCAACCUGCGGCCGCGUAGUGAAGCCGUCUGCUCGACAAUCCGAGCCGCCGACCCGGACGUGGUCUUCCUCCAGGAAGUGGUGCUUGAAAGUUAUGCAGUCAUAUGGCCGGCCUUUCGAAAAGACUACAGGUGCGUCCGAGGACACUACUGGAGCAACUCUACGGUAACCAUGCUGAAGAAAGCCACCACAGAAUUCAAGACGUGCCACAUGCGACAGCUGAAACAGGGCCGGGUGCUGCGGGAGGUGGCGACGAUCGAGGCAUCGUUCGCGGGCCUCCCGAUCACGCUGAUCAACGCGGCGCUAGAAUCCGAUCACGACAAGCCGAAGCUGCGUAAGAAGCAACUCUCCAGCUGUUUUAAGAAGUGUCUGAGGCAUCCCGCUAACAGGACGGUCAUCUUCGGCGGAAACCUCGGCCUGCGCGGACAUGAGCUCAGUGACGUGGGUGGACGCCCGCGCUCCCUGGUGGACGUCUGGGAACACUGUGGCAGGCGGCGGGAAGUCCGCUACACGUGGGAAAUGAUGGUGAAUGACAACAAUUCCUUUGACUUUAGUAAGAAGCCUCAGUACCGCCCCGACAGGGUCUACUUGAAGGCUUCUAAGCCUGCCACCAUGACGCCUGCGUCGUUCGAUCUGAUCGGUAUGGAAAGGCUAAGCCCACUAGGUUGCUUUCCCAGUGACCACUGGGGUCUGGUGUGCCGUUUUAACGUUUUCUAGGCUGUGGCGUGGCCCGUAGUAGCGUUUAACACAUCCAAGGACAAAAUCACACGGUGCACAUUUUAUUUUUAACCAUCAUGACUAAAUCCAGCAACGAAGUCUGUACUGCACAUAAGUCAAGCUAUGUGUGUGAAAUAUUUAUUGUACGUUUUGACUUCUUGGCGAUGAGUGAAUAAGUUCCUGUUCGCAGUCAUUGGUUUUGAGACAGCGCAGCAACUUCUUUUCCUGAGCUCAAUCACGCAGCAAUGCAAUGAAAUACAAUUUAUCCUUACGCAUCUGA